AUGCCCAUCUCUCCCAUGUGCAGAGAUCCUGAACAGUACCCCGAUCCCGAAACCUUUGAUGGAUACCGAUUCUACAAGCUGUGCCAGGUCAAAGAACAAGCCCGGUGUCAGUUUGCUGCAUCCGACAGAGAUGGACCGGGAUGGGAUUUUGGCAAAUUCGCCUGUGUCAAUCUCAGCAACACAGAUCAAACUGGUGAUGAUGGCAUUGCUACUGCAUUAUGA